AUGCCGCCGGCGGCAAGGAUUCUUGUGGUUGUGGCGCUGCUUUUGACGGCGGCGGCGGCGGGGGUCGCUAAAGGGAAGGGAUUGGUGCUAAGUCUGGAGAGGGCGAAUCACAUCGGGUUGGGGGUGAGUCAACUCAGGGACCGUGACCGAGUUAGACACGGUAGAUUCCUGCAGCAACAGCAGCAGGCUUUGGGGAUUGUUGAUUUACCCGUUCAAGGAACCUAUGAUCCAUAUCUUGUUGGGCUAUACUUCACAAGAGUUAAAUUGGGGAAUCCUCCAAAAGAAUUCUAUGUACAGAUAGACACAGGAAGUAAUGUCCUAUGGGUCAGUUGCAAUCCUUGCACCGGUUGCCCCAAAUCCAGUGGACUACAAAUAGAGCUCGAGUUUUUUGAUCCUUCCAGCUCAUCAACAGCUUCUCUAAUCUCGUGUUCAGAUCAAAGGUGUGGUUUGGGAGUUCAAACGUCUGAUGCUGGUUGUUCAGACCAAAAUCGGUGUGGAUACACAUUCCAGUAUGGUGAUGGGAGUGGGACCUCGGGAUUUUAUGUAUACGACUCAAUUUAUUUUGAUUCGAUAGUCGGGAACUCAAUGAUUUCUAAUUCUUCAUCCUCUGUUAUUUUCGGUUGUAGCACGUCACAGUCAGGAGACCUUACGAAACCUGAUAGGGCUGUUGAUGGCAUAUUUGGUUUUGGGCAGCAAGGAUUAUCUGUCAUCUCACAGCUUUCUUCACAGGGGAUAACCCCAAAUGCGUUCUCUCACUGUCUAAAAGGAGAAGAUGGUGGUGGUGGUAUAUUGGUGCUUGGUGAAAUCGUCGAGCCUAAUAUAGUUUACACCCCGCUUGUCCCCUCACAGCCACAUUACAAUGUAAAUCUACAAAGUAUUGCUGUAAAUGGGCAAACAUUAAACAUUGAUUCAUCAGUCUUUUCGACAUCGACCAACAAAGGAACGAUAAUUGAUUCGGGAACAACUUUAGCUUACCUAGCUGAAGAGGCUUACGAGACUUUUGUUUCUGCAAUUACACAAUCUGUUUCUCAAUCUGUGCGCCCUCUUCUAGUUAAAGGAAGUCAGUGUUACCUAACAACUUCCAGUGUAUCGGAGAUUUUUCCACCAGUUAGUUUAAACUUUGCUGGUGGCGCAUCUAUGAUACUUAGGCCCCAAGACUAUCUUUUGCAGCAGAAUUCUGUCGGAGGCGCUGCUGUGUGGUGCAUUGGUAUUCAGAAAAUUGAGGGUCAAGGGAUUACAAUUCUAGGAGAUCUUGUUCUGAAAGAUAAGAUCGUGGUGUAUGAUUUGGCUGGUCAAAGAAUUGGAUGGGCCAAUUAUGACUGUUCAUCAUCUGUGAAUGUCUCAACCACGACCAGCACGGGUAGAACCGAGUUUUUCAAUGCGGGACAACUAGAAAAAAGCAAGUCGGCAUAUCACGAGCUUCACAAGCUAAUACAAGGUUCCAUCCUAGCUUUGCUGUUGCAUUUAGCAUUCUUUGGGGUACUUCCAUUCUUGUGA